CUUUACAUUUCUGCAUUUGAGGGCGCAUUUUAGUUUUUUAAAUAAUUUUAAUCAAAAGUGAGUUGUCUUUGCAGUCCGCUGGCCAUGGAGCGUUAUUUGGUGAGCUCUUUGGUGGGCCAGGGCUCGUUUGGUUGUGUGUACAAGGCCCAGCGGCGAGCCGACGACAAAGUGGUGGCCAUCAAAGUCAUAUCCAAGCGAGGUCGCUCCAAUCGCGAGCUGAAGAAUUUGCGGCGGGAAUGUGACAUCCAGGCACGCCUCAAGCAUCCCCAUGUCAUAGAAAUGGUUGAGUCUUUCGAGUCCAAAUUCGACUUGUUUGUGGUCACCGAAUUUGCGCUCAUGGAUUUGCAUCGAUAUUUGUCUUUCAAUGGUGCCAUGCCCGAGGACCAUGCACAGCGUGUUGUCUGCCAUCUGGUGUCCGCGCUCUAUUAUCUGCACUCGAAUCGCAUACUACAUCGAGACUUGAAGCCGCAGAAUGUGCUUCUGGACAAGAAUAUGCACGCCAAGCUCUGUGACUUUGGCCUGGCACGCAACAUGACGAUGGGCACCCAUGUCCUCACCUCCAUAAAGGGCACACCACUCUACAUGGCACCGGAACUGCUUGCCGAGCAGCCAUACGACCAUCAGGCCGAUAUUUGGUCAUUGGGCUGCAUCGCAUACGAGAGUAUGUCCGGACAGCCGCCGUUCUGUGCAACUUCCAUACUUCAUCUUGUUAAGCUUAUCAAGCACGAGGAUGUCAAAUGGCCCAGUACGCUAAGCAGCGAGUGCCGCUCUUUCCUCCAGGGCUUGCUCGAGAAGGAUCCGGGGAUGCGCAUCUCGUGGACGCAGUUGCUCUGCCAUCCUUUUGUCGAGGGCAAGCUGUACAUACCCGAGGUGCAAGCAGCACAGACCUCGCCCUUUAUAAACCCCCAACUGGCCAAAGACACAAAAUUUUUGCAGCAAUCUCGACACAAUGGCGUGGAUUUGGGUGAGGUAUUGGCAGCUCUUAAGUUGAGCGACAUGGCCAAUGAAAACUUGAGCACCUCCCGCGAUAGCAUCAAUGCCAUUGCGCCGAGCGACAUUGAGCAAUUGGAAACGGAUGUUGAGGACAAUGCGCACCGGGUAAUCGUGCCAUUCGCGGACAUUUCCUAUCGAGCCUUGCCCAGCAACACAGCAGCCGUUGCGGCUGGUGCCAUGCCACUGGUCAAUUCGCAGACCUGCUUUGUCAGUGGCAACUCGAACAUGAUACUCAAUCAUAUGAAUGACAACUUUGCCAUCGAAACGCCGGCCGCCAGCGCAACGAAAUCGAUGAAGUCCAAGCUGAAGAUGGCGCUCAAUAUUAAGCAGUCGCGCAGCAAGGACUUGGAAAAGCGCAAGCUCAGUCAAAAUUUGGACAACUUUUCGCUGCGGCUGGGACAGAGCAUCGAUGCAGAGGCGCAGCGUAAAACGACCGAGAUGCUCACGCAGCAGACGCAAGCGCAAGUGCAAGCGCAGCAGCUGAAUGAGAAGAAGGCGCAGCAGCUAAAGCAAUCGAUGCAUUCGAACAACGAUGAGAAAUUGAGCAGCGAAAAUUCACCUCCUUGUCUAUUGCCCGGCUGGGACAGCUGCGACGAAUCUCAGAGCCCGCCCAUUGAGAACGACGAGUGGCUGGCGUUUUUGAAUCGCUCGAUACAGGAGCUGCUCGACGGCGAAUUUGAUUCGCUGAAGCAGCACAAUCUAGUCAGCAUCAUUGUGGCACCGCUGCGCAACUCAAAGGCCAUACCCAAGGUGCUGCUGAGCGUUGCGCAGCUGCUGUCGCUGCCCUUUGUGCUGGCCGACCAGCAUCUGGUGGCGGAGGCCAUCAAGGGCGUCUACAUUGAUGUGAAGCUGGUGCCCAAUUUGAUGUACGCUUGCAAGCUGCUCCUCUCGCAGCGCCAGCUAACCGACUCGGCUGCCUCGCUGCCCGGCGCCACGGGCGUCUCGCUAAGCCGCACGCUACGCAGUGUCUCCGACCUGACAGCCGAGGAGAUGAACACCGCCUGCAGCUUGUACGAGCUGGUCUGCCACCUGGUCCAUCAGCAGCAGCAAUUUCUCAGCCAGUUCUGCGACGCAGUGGCCAUACUCGCUGUCAACGACAUGUUCAUUAGCUUCCUAACUCACGAUUUCAAAGACAGCAGCGCGGUACGUUUGGCCAGCUGCAUGCUGGCCUUGUUCUGUUGCGUUCUGCGUGAGCUGCCCGAGAACGCCGAGCUGGUCGAGAAGAUUGUAUUCGAUUCGCGCCUGCAGCUGGUGCCGCUCUUGCAGAGUGAGCAUCAGUUGCUGCGGCAGCGCGCCUGCCAGAUGCUGUUGCUCUUGGCACGCUUCAGUCUGCGCGGCGUGCAGUGCAUUUGGAGUGGCGAGCUGAAGAGCGCCCUGCAGGCGCUGGCCGAGCAGCAAACCUGUCAAUCCCUGCGACUGGAGGCCGCCCAAACGCUAGAGGAGCUCAGCCAGUUCAGCUUCUUCGUUGCCCAGGCAACUGCUUAGUUUUUAUUACUCAAAUUACUUGUAUUUGCUCAAUAAAUCGUAAUCCAUGUCUAGCCAAACA